AUUCUCUAAAAAUUUUAAAUUUCCCAAGAAAAGUGAUAAUGACUAUGAGUUGCUAGUUAAUGGUCCGGCCUGCUCAAGAAAAACAGCCAAAUAUUCGGUUCGAAUGAAUGUAGAAUUGGGCACGUAUAGGUGCAGUAAAUGUAUGAUAACAGGUUCAUGGAGCGAUUACGUGAAGUUAGUGUCCAAUACUAGCAAUUUUCAAAUAGUCAACACAACGCAGUUAGGAUUUGAGACUCGAUUAAACUUUUCCAGAACAGAAGAGGAAAUUGAACAAUUUUCAGAGAAUCUACGGAAUGAGAAGCAGAUAUUAGGCAAAUUGACUAACGAUUAUGGCUUGACGUUAACAACGCUUAACGCCUACAAAGUAGGUGUCGCGAAAUAUCGUAACACCAAUCCAUCGGUGUCGAAUUCUGGGUAUGAUGGUACGAAAAGAUCCAAAUCUUCCACCGAAGGGGAAUUGUGCAUAACGUUUCCACGGACGUUUCCAGAAUUUGACAAAGCGGGGCCAGAUGAUAUUCAGGAAUCAAGAAUUGCACGAGUCAAAGCCUGUUCUGUCAAAAGUGGUGAACUGGUCGCAUUCGAUCCGCCCACAUUUUGCCCGGGUCUUUUUGGAUAUCAUUUGGUUGGAUUGGAAAAUGAUACCAUCAUAAUAACGGGAAGUGAGUACGAUGCGAUGGCAGCUUACCAGGAAACGGGUAUACCCGCUACUUGCCUUCCCAAUUUGGUAAAUCAACUACCGAUCCAAGUUCUUCCCCUAUUAGAGAGGUUUUUCCGAAUAUAUGUUUGGCUUGAUGAUGAUGUUAACGGUCAGGAUUCAGCAGAAAAAUUUGUUGAGAAGUUGGGAAUCGAUCGCUGUCUCAUCGUGAAAACGAGAUGCAAUAAUUUCACUGGACCGAUUAAUGCGCACGAAGCUUUAAAGCAGGGGAGGAAUCUGAAAGAGAUUCUUGAGCAAGCAAAGCCAUUGCAGCACGAACAGAUUCUCAAUUUUGACAGCAUCAAAGAUGCAGUAUAUCGAGAAAUUUCCAAUCCGGACCAAGUUAGCGGAGUUUUGUCCAAGGAUCUGCCGGCUUUGAAUAAGGUUAUGAAAGGGCAUCGGCUGGGCGAACUGACGGUAUUCACGGGACCCACUGGCACAGGAAAGACGACAAUCCUCAGUCAACUUUCGCUCGAUUAUUGUAAAUCAGGGGUGAGCACUUUGUGGGGGAGCUUUGAGAUACCCAAUGUACGUUUGGCAAAGAAGAUGUUAACGCAGUAUGCCGAGAAGGACUUGUCGAAGUACCCACAUGAGUUCAAUGAAUGGGCGGUAAAAUUUCAACAGCUACCGAUGUAUUUUCUAAAGUUUUUCGGUAGCACUGAAGUCUCGACCGUAAUCGAUGCUAUGAAUCACGCGAUCCACGCCUUUGAUGUACAACACAUAAUAAUAGAUAAUUUACAAUUCAUGACCGCAGAUCAAGGAAGAUUUUUAGAUCGAUUUGAAAUACAAGAGCGUGCAAUAUCUUCAUUUCGUAAACUCGCCACCGAGCGAAAUGUUCACAUCACUCUGGUGGUGCAUCCGAAGAAAGAUUCUAGAGAGUUGCUAGACAUGAACUCGAUAUUUGGUUCUGCAAAAGUUACACAGGAAGCGGACAACGUCAUCAUACUCCAAAAAUUGGAAACCGAAGAGGGAGAAGAACGAUAUUUGCACAUCAAGAAAAAUCGCUAUGACGGUACUUUGGGUGCAAUACCCUUCGAAUUCGUGAAAGAAGCUUUGAAGAUUCGGCAAGUAAAAAGCAGGCACAUGCCUCCACCGCCUGCUCCGAUAAUGCAAAGAGACAAUUUUAAUAGUGUUUCAUAUCAGAGAGACGGUUAUAAUCCAUCAGCGACAUACAAGAGAAAUCCCCCACCAGAAUCUCUCGAUGACAUUCGCCAGCGCGUAAACCUAGUGAUGUAA